AGGUUCUCGCACAGAAAGACAUCCAAAGUCUUGUUGUCCGCUUCUUUGGCGCCAUGGUGUCCUGGCCAAACGCCAACUUGCGGCCCAGCUUGGGGACCGAUCGCAGCAUCUUCGCAUACCUCCUGAAAUCCUUGUUCUCUUUGCUGCUUGGGAUGUCCACAUGUGUUCGGUACCUGCUUCCGCCUUCAUUGCGGCAAAGACCUCAAGGAAACUUCGGACAAAGCCACUGCGAAUCCAGGGCACGCUGUCCCAGUGCAUGCGUUCAUGCUCCAGCCAAGUCGAAAGCUCAGGUGAGGAUCCAGCCGCGCUUGUUCGUUUCCUGCAGGUUGCGCCUCAUCCUCGCGAAGCCAGCGAUACAUGUUGCCAUCAGUUGAGGGAUGGACCAGUGAGGGCGAAUCGUUCCAAAUGAUGUGAGUGUCAUCAACAUCAGCCAGGAUGGGCAUGGUGAGAGCGGCGCAAGACAAUAUGGAAACAGGGCUGCAGAAACAAUCCACAAUGUUCAACUAGAACUCACAGUUGGUUCAAAAGAACUGUUCGCAUGCAGAAAUUGCACAAGAAUGCUG